CUUUCCAGUUUAGAAAGAAGUCUCCUUUAAUUUACUUGCAAAAAUUCUUUUUUAAAACGAGAAAAAAAAAAUCAUUUUUAUACCUAAUCUCCAAAAAUCAUUUUUUUCCUCAACUUCAAUCCCUGUUUAGAGACAGUGGUUUUAUGACAUAAGAACGUGAUUUUUCAGACGAAAUUCUGCUUUCUGUCAAUUCGCUUUUAUCAGAACCUUCAGUUAUAAGAGAGAGAGAGAGAGAGAGAGAGAGAGAGAGAGAGAGAGAGGAUUUCUACAUGCAGAAAUGUUCAAUGUUCUGGAGUUCAAAAAAUAAAAGUAGAGAGUCAUUGCAUCCUUUCCUCCAAGUUGGCAGUCUUCAUUCACGUGAUUCCUGAUGAAGGUAGUUAUUAGUUUGUCGCUGAGUACUGACCAUCGUGUCCGUGCCACUGAUCAGUGGACUUGAUAUAUCUGAAGAUCUUGCUUUCAUUUGUGGUGCAUCAAAACUUCUAACCAAGGCAGAAGUUGGAAUUUCAAAUCAUAGCCAUGGCUUAUGGUAAUUCAAGAUCUGUAAGAUUCCAAGAUGAUCUUGAAGUUGCACAUUUCACAGCAUGCAAGACUGAUAACAUAAUUAAGUGGACAUACAACAUCGAUGCGGUGCAAAUACCCAAAUCAAGUCCGAAGAAGGUUGAUGGGCCACAGAAGGGGAGCCGGUCUUUAAAAGCUAAAGUACUAUCGAGAGUCUUCUCCGAGGACUAUGAGAGAGUUAAGAGGAAGAUCUUGGAUCCUCGAGGAGCCGUCCUACAUAGAUGGAACAAAAUGUUCCUAGUAGCCUGUUUAGUUUCUCUUUUCGUAGACCCUCUAUUCUUUUACUUGCCGGGUACUCAGGAGGACAUCUGUAUAAAUAUAGGGACCCCCCUCGAGGUUGCUCUCACGAUCAUACGCUCGGUAGCUGAUGCAUUUUAUAUGGUUCAGAUUUUCAUCCGGUUUCGGACAGCUUAUGUUGCUCCCUCCUCUCGUGUAUUUGGGAGAGGAGAACUUGUUAUUGACCCUUCGAAAAUUGCCUCGAGGUAUUUAACCAAGGGAUUUUGGAUUGAUCUCAUUGCUGCAUUGCCGCUUCCACAGGUGUUAAUUUGGGCUGUGAUUCCCAACCUAAAGGGUUCAAUGAUGACCAACACUAAAAACGUCCUUCGCUUUAGCAUCAUUAUCCAGUACCUCCCGAGACUGUUUCUAAUCUUUCCGCUUUCAUCUCAAAUCAUCAAGGCGACUGGGGUUGUUACUGAAACAGCAUGGGCUGGCGCUGCAUAUAACCUGAUGCUCUAUAUGUUGGCAAGCCACGUUCUAGGAGCAUGUUGGUAUCUCCUAUCCAUCGAGCGCCAAGAAUCAUGUUGGAGAAAGGCCUGCAAUCUUCAAAGCCCAUCCUGUCAGUAUAGGUUUUUCGAUUGUCGACUGAAGGAUAGUGCGAGGGAAAUGUGGUUCAAAUCGAGUAACAUCACAGACUUAUGCAAUCCAAGCAGUAGCUUUAUUCAAUUUGGGAUUUUUGCGGAUGCAUUGACCUUCAACAUUACAUCCUUGGGAUUUUUCGAUAAGUACUUCUACUGCCUUUGGUGGGGCUUGAGGAAUCUCAGCUGUUUGGGGCAGAAUCUUUCGACAAGCACUUAUGUCGGAGAAAUAAGUUUCGCGAUUAUCAUUGCAAUUCUUGGGUUGGUGCUUUUCGGAUUGCUCAUAGGGAAUAUGCAAACGUAUCUCCAAUCGACGACUGUCCGACUGGAAGAAUGGAGGAUCAGGCGAAUGGAUACCGAGCAAUGGAUGCGUCAUCGGCAGCUUCCACUGGAUUUGAAGCAAUGUGUACGUAGAUACGAUCAGUAUAAGUGGAUAGCAACUCGAGGAGUGGACGAAGAAGCUCUUCUCAGCGGACUCCCCAUCGAUCUCCGGCGAGACAUCAAACGCCACCUUUGCCUCGAUCUCGUACGACGGGUCCCGCUCUUCGACCAGAUGGACGAGCGGAUGCUGGACGCCAUAUGCGAGCGGCUCAAGCCAGCACUGUGCACCCAAGGCACGUGCCUGGUGCGUGAGGGGGACCCAGUCAACGAGAUGCUCUUCAUCAUCCGUGGCCACCUCGAUUCCUACACAACCAACGGUGGCCGUACCGGUUUCUUCAACUCGUGCCGGAUCGGCCCAGGCGACUUCUGCGGUGAGGAGCUGCUGACGUGGGCUCUCGACCCGCGGCCAAGUGUCAUCCUCCCAUCGUCCACACGUACAGUCAAGGCCCUUUCCGAGGUGGAGGCAUUCGCGUUAAGCGCAGAGGACCUGAAGUUCGUUGCGUCGCAGUUCCGGAGGCUACACAGCAAGCAACUGCGCCACAAGUUCCGGUUCUACUCGCACCAGUGGCGCACGUGGGCCGCGUGCUUCAUACAAGCGGCUUGGCGCCGGUUCAAGAGGCGCAAGGACUCGGCCGAUUUGAAGGCGAGGGAGAACGAUGAGGAUAUGGUGCAUGAAGGUGCACCGGAGCCUGUGGGCAUGCCUAAGCCCGGACUCGGAUCCAAUUUCAUGUAUGUGGCCCGGUUAGCCACGAGCACGAGGAAGGGAGGGAGCAAGGUGUCUGGGUCAGACUCGGAUGUCAUUGGCACGAUCAAAAAGCCGACGGAGCCUGAUUUUACCGUUGAAGAAGAUUGAGUGGUCAUGCAAGCGUGGGGCCUACAUAAGUGGUGGGCCCUUUUCUGAGAUAAUAUGAGAUGUAUUGGUUUUCAAUGGAGGGUGAUUAUUGAAGAGAGACGUAAAGUUGUAUCUUUUAAAUGAAAUGUGAUUAAUGAACUGGGAGGUUUUAGUAGUGUAGGUUGUAUUCUUUCUUUCUAAUGGAAAAUGUGGUUUGAGUAGUAGUUCGUUUUCUCAAUUAAUAUGAACUGUUGGUUUGAUUUGUAUCCGACUAAGUGAAGGGUUAGAACUGUCUAAAUAAUGAUUUUUGGUCCAUGGUCUAAACACUAUUACAAGCAACAUCAGCUAAAAGUGUUCUAAACCAUGAGGUGUGCCAUACCACGUGAAGUCAAGAGGUUUUAUGUAUAGAGAUUUUGGGAUGGCCCACCUGAGUGUUGAAAUAUCCCGAAUUUUUCAGAUCAAGGGCCAAAAAGGGGUGGUGCACGUUAUGGACGGUGUGGAUUUUUUUAAAAAUUUUUCUUCCAGGUAGCCAGGUGUUUUCCCUUUUAAACUGUUAUUUUCUGGGCCACCAAUUGAAAGUUUGGGAUCUUCCAAUCUCAAAUAAUUCAGUGGGAGUCACUGCAUGAAGCGAAAUACGUGUGCCAAGGACGCACGUGGGCUUAUCAAACUCUCUUGUUUUGGCGCGUAAUCUCUUUCGCUGGUAAAAUCCGCCUCUUAUCCCCCGUCCAAAAGGACAUUUCUCAGGCCCUAAGGAGCGAAAUGUUUAGCUCAAAAGAGAGCGGAUCUCUCUUUUCCAAAGUGCCAAUCACACUACUGGCAAGUGAAAGAUGCAUGGAGAGGUAAGGAACCCACCAUAGAGCUGAUACGGUCCUUUUCUUUUCUGAAACAUCAACCAGAGCUCAUAGGGCCCUUACAAAAUGAACUUCUUAAAUCUAAGAGGAUGGCAUACCCAAGACAAAAUGGAUGUGUGAGAAUUAAAACCAUGCAUAAAUCAUGCCAGUUUCUUUGUAAGAAAUAUGUAGAAUAUAUUCAUAGUCUCCAGAAUGUGUAUAUUUUGGACAGACAAUUGGUAGAGUGUGUGGACAAUACAGAUUUGGUUUCACUGACCAAACAGAUAUCAGCUUACUCACAGAAAGGGAAACUUGAUGAUGCAAGAAAAGUAUUUGACAAAAUGGCCCAUCGAGACUCUGUUGCUUGGAAUGUAAUGAUCAGGGGUUAUGUUGAGAAUGGGAGGAUUAGAGAUGCUCGGGAGAUCUUUGACCGGAUGUAUGAAAGGAACACUGUUUCAUGGAAUUCCAUGAUCAUGGGUUAUGUACGGGAAAGAAAAAUGCAUGUUGCACUGAAGCUGUUUCUAAUGAUGCCUCUGAAAGAUAAAGAUAUCAUCAGCUGGACGACUAUAAUUUCAGGGUUUGCUCAGGAUUCGGAACUUGCCAAUGCAUGGCAACUUUUCAAGCAAAUGCCCGAACAUAAUCCAGUCUCCUGGUCAUCAAUCAUUUCAGGUUUUCAACAAAAUGGACUCGCAGCUGAAACUUUGAUCCUUUUCAAAGAGAUGUUGUCGGUUGGAACCCAACCCACUCCCCAUUCGUUUACCAGUGCUUUGGCUGCUUCUGCAGAUUUAGAAGCAUUGUCAAGAGGUCAGCAGCUCUAUGCUCAAGUACUUAAGAGAGGAUUUGGGAGCAAUACUCAUGUAGGGAACUCAGCUAUCUCUAUGUUUAUAAAAUCGGGAAGUUUGGAUAAUGCCAGGGGUGUUUUUCAUGGCAUGCCUCGACCAGACAUGGUCACAUGGAACUCAAUGAUUAUGGGAUAUGGGCAGCAUGGUUAUGGUCCAGAGGCUAUCAUGGUUUUCCAUCAGAUGCAGAAAGCAGGCUUUCAACCUGAUCGAAUCAGUUUCUUGGGUGUCCUUCAUGGAUGCAGUCACUGUGGACUUGUGGAAGAAGGAUGGCUAUAUUUUAACAGUAUGGAGAAGGAUCAUGAGGUCGCCCCAGAACCUGGGCACUAUGCUUGCAUGGUUGACAUCCUUGCACGUGCUGGGUUGCUCAAAGAGGCAGCUGAAAUGAUUGACAGGAUGCCUUUUGAGCCUGUUGCUAUCUUUUGGAGGACAUUGCUGAAUGGCUGUAGGAUCUUCAGGAAUUUGGAAUUGGGUGUUUAUGCAGCUGACCGGGUCUUGGAGCGUGAACCUGAUAAUACAGCCGCAUGCUUGAUGGCUAUGGAGAUGUAUGCGGCUGUUGGGCAAUGGACAGAGACUGUGAAAUUGAGGAGAUUGAUGAGGGAAAGAGAAGCAAAGAAGGAACAGGGAUGUAGUUGGAUUGAGAUAAAGGGGACGACACACUCGUUUACCACAAGGGAUGAAACUCACCUUGAGUCAGAUCUUAUAUAUAAGAUCCUUGACUUGCUAGCAUAUGACGUUGCUGGCUGUUGGAUUGAUUUUCUUGAAGAGCUGAAAAGUGGGUAUUGAUAAUUUUGGUUUCAUGGCAACACUGUUAUUCCAUAGUUCUAAAACUUGCUCACUUGACUUGAAACUCAGCUGUGUCAACUCAACUCGAGGAGAUAUUUCGAGGAAAGUCACUGAGAAACUCGGUCACGAUCAUGACCGGUUCUGAACUCAGCAAGACUUGUCGAGUCAGCUUGACAAUUCAGCCAACUCGAUAUGACUUGGAGUGAGACUUGAACUGAGUCAGUUGCCAAGUCAGGGGCCUCGUAGUAAUUAAAAAAAGAAGAAGCAGCCAUUGAGAUUCAAACCUUCGACAGUGCAUUGAAAAUGUAACUGUGUUACCAGUGUUCACUAGCUGAAACUUUGCUUUUCUGUGCAAAAAUGUGUGAUUUUUAAGUAUUUAUACAUACUAAAGAGCACAAUUAUAUGUUAUAAUAUGGAAUAAAGUUAGGACUCGUUUGAGUUGUAGAGUCAACUGGACCUGUUUGGACAUCAAGUCGAGUUGAGUUUUCAGGUUUUUGAACUAUGGUUAUGCAGCUUUGGUAAUCAUGAUUUAUUUUGCUCU